AAUCUCAGGCCCUCCUGCACUCUAUCAGGUCUUUUGUUUUUGUAUUCUUAAUCUUUAAGUCGUCGUCAUCAGUUAGUGUCUGUUGUUCAGCCCUGUUCUGCUUAUUAAAUAUCACUAGUCUGUGUUUAGACACAUUUAUUGUCUGUGGAUUAUAGGGCUGUCCUUACUAAAGCCCAGGAAUAUUCCUGUCUCACAUCUAGGGUACAGUUUCUAUUAACCAUGUUUGUACACACAGCAUUUUGAUCCGAAAUCCCACAUCUUUGUAAGAUACAGAGUUUGACCACAAGGUGGAAGCAGAGCAUAAAGUAAAUCAUGAUCAGACAUCCAGGCAUUUUAUUUGCGAAUCUUCCAGAAGUUUCUAGUCACGUGCUGAAUCCAAACAAACGGAUCUUUUUAAAUGAAUCUUUGAAGUGAAUCGGAUCUACGAGAGUCAUUUAAAGACAUUUCUUCAUCAUAUUGAACAAAGCUUAUUAUUUAUUUGCACUAUUUAGUGUCAACCAGAAGUUUCCCUUAGAAUCUGUUUUUUCCUUCCUUUUACCUAAACAAUGAUCAGCUAAUUAGACACAGAUUCACAUUUAACACACAUGUUUUUAAUGAACAACCACAAAAGACACACAAAACUAUUAGCAGAGGACAGAAAUAACAAACAGUGACUGUUGUGCUAGUUAUUGUAGAGGUUUGUGGUUUGUUCUCAGUGUUCAGCUCUCCAUCUCACACAGUAAAGGGGAAGUGGUGAUGGACGACUACACUGUAAAGUCAUUCCUUCAUACUUUUACACAAGGCCUGUGAAAUUUCUAAAGUACUAAAAUCUGCAAAAUCUAAUCGAAAUGUUAAGGCAAAGACACAAAUCUCUGGAAGUAGAUCAUAUAAAAUAUUAUUAUACUCAUUUAAAAUUUCACAUGUAAGAAUGAAACCUGUGACAUCAUGGCUCCCUGAGGGUGUACAAACUUAUGAUCACUUCAGUCUUCAGUUCUAAUGCACUUUACUGAAAUUACACUCUUACUUGUUAGAAUUCUUAGAUCUUGUAAAUGUAAUUUAAUCAAACAAAGAGGAGAGAAUUUUAAACCUUAUUUCCACUAAAUAGAUCUAAAAAAGUUGUUUCAUACCAAUCACACGUCUCCAUUGGUGAGAGAAAAGUGUGUAGUGAGCGUGUAGAGACUGAACACACUGAGACAGGACUUCCGCCCAGCGCUCUGAUGAAUGUGGGACAGUAAAGACGCUAAACUAACAGUAAGGGAAGGUCGUGAACAGCAGCAACACAACUGCACUGAACACAACGUUCUUCACUGAUAAUGACGUCGUGGAGAAACAGAAAUGCUGGUGAAUAUUGUAGCAGAAAUCAGGACUCUCAGGACUCUUCUUCUCCUGCUGUGCUGUUUACUGUGUGAAGCUGGAGACGAGACGGUCACACUGCAGGAAGUGGAAGGAACCACUAUAACUCUCCAUACUGGGAUAACUAGGAUUCAGAGUGAUGCUCGUAUUCAGUGUUUUUAUGGACCUGAGAAAAUAGAGGAAAAGAUAUUGAAGAGUCAGGUGUUUAAAGGAGAAACUGUUACAGACAUCAGUGAGAGAUUUAAAGAGCGACUGCAGCUGGACAGAAUUAGUGGAGCUUUAACCAUCAGGAACAUCAGCAGAACUGAUUCUGGAGUUUAUUCGUUACACAUCAUCACUGAACAUCUCUCAUCAAGGACUUUCAGUGUCAGUGUUUAUGCUCCAGUAUCAACUCCAGUAAUAAUAAAUGAAAGAGGAAAGCCAAGUGUGAUUUCCACAGAAUCGUGUUUCCUCCUGUGUUCUGUGGAGAAUGGAGAAGAUGUGAAGUUAUCCUGGUACAGAGAGAAUGAGAGAAUCUCCAUCACCAAUAACACAGAUCUCAGUGUUCCCCUCAAUCUCCCACUUCAAAUACAACACAAUGACAUUAACACUUACAUCUGUGUGUCUGCAAACCCUGUCAGCAAUAAAACAACUUCUCUCAUCAUCACACAGCUCUGUGACGUCUCAGACAAAUCUGAUGAUUCUCCUUCACUGCUUCCUGUCCUGAUAUCAGCUGGAGUUUUCCUGCUACUAAUACUAACAGGAUUUGUGUGGAUUUGGCUAAAAAGGAAAAACAACAAGCUCCUAAAGAAACUUGAGGAAGUGACUUUCACUGAGGUGACAAUUACAGCUCACAGUGCAGAGAGAGUUAAAAAGGAAGAAAAGUCCAGAAUACCAGAUGGUCAAGAGCUGAAUACCUUCGUGAUGUACUCAGCUGUGGAGACACUGACAUAAUUCAGUACAUAUUUAUUUAUCAAAAAGAACUUUACAUGAUAAUUAAUUAAUUUCUUUUAUAGGUCACUGAUCU